GGGAACGCGACUUGAAAGACAUGACCAGAAGCACAACAAGGACGAGUAGACGAGGAGGACGAAGACAAAGAAGAAGAAGAAAAAAUCAGUCAAGCAGAGUGAGAAGCUCCUGAGGAGAGAAAUCUAUCAUCUUUAUCUCUUUGCUUCCUUUGAUCUGAUCGGAAAAAUCUACAAACCUGAAAGAAGAAAAAAGAUUCCUUUUUCAAAAAAAAAAAAUUGUUCGAAUCUGAAGCAAGUUCUGUCUUCGUUGUUACUACCGAACCAAUCUCGAGCUGAGUUUGCAUCGAUUCGAUAUGGUUAGACACUUUGGUCGCUAGAUUCACUGCAGAGAGGUUCUUUUGAUCCAAUUCUAUUAUUGGGCACCUAUAAAAAUUAGGUCUUUUGAGAUGGAUGAAGUGGUGGCUGCUCCUAUUUUCAUUCACCAAUCACUUUCUCCGAUGGGGAAAAAACGUAAUCUUUAUCACCAGAUGCAAUCUCAGCCUCAUCCGCAGCGUAGAGACGAGUGGAGCUCUAAGAUGUGGGAUUGGGAUAGCCGGAGAUUUGAAGCUAAACCGGUGGAAGCUGAGGUUGUUAGGCUUCAGUUUGAUUCAAACGGAGAUGAAAAGGGACUUGAUUUGAAUCUGGGGAGUUGUGUUAACGCAGUGGAGGAGGCAGGUAGACCGAGCAAGAAGGUUCGGUCUGGAUCUCCGGGGAACUAUCCUGUGUGUCAGGUGGAUAAUUGUAGUCAAGAUUUGUCUCAUGGUAAGGAUUACCAUAGAAGGCAUAAAGUGUGUGGAGUUCAUAGUAAAGCUACUAAGGCUCUUGUUGGGAAACAGAUGCAGAGGUUUUGCCAACAGUGCAGCAGGUUUCAUCUUCUUUCUGAGUUUGAUGAAGGGAAAAGAAGUUGUAGGCGUAGAUUGGCUGGCCAUAACCAACGGAGAAGGAAAACAACGCAGCCUGAGGAGGUUGUAGUUCCGGGGAACCGUGAUAGUACCUCUAACGCCAAUAUGGAUCUUAUGGCUUUGUUAACCGCAUUAGCUUGUGCACAAGGUAAGAAUGAGGUUAGACCUAUGGGGUCUUCAGAUGUGCCUGAAAGAGAGCAGCUUCUUCAGAUACUCAACAAGAUAAGUGCAUUGCCUUUGUCUAUGGAUCUUGUUUCUAAGUUGAACAGUAUUGGAAGUUUAGCGAGGAAAAACUUGGAUCACUCAGGGGUGAACCCUCAAAAUGAUGUGAACGGGGCUUCUCCUUCUACCAUGGAUUUGCUUGCUGUUCUUUCGACAACGUUAGGCUCAUCUUCACCUGAUGCGCUAGCUAUAUUGUCUCAAGGUGGGUUUGGUGCUAAGGAGAGUGACAAGACUAAGUUACCUUCUUAUGACCAUGGUGCUACAACCAACUUGGAAAAGAGAAGCAGUAGUAGUAACCAAUCUCCUUCUCAGGAUUCAGAUUCACAUGCUGACACUAGGUCGAGCUUGUCCCUACAAUUAUUCACCUCCUCACCUGAGGAUGAGAGUCGACCAGCCAUGGCAUCCUCGAGAAAGUAUUAUUCUUCUGCCAGCAGUAACCCUGUUGAGGAUAGAUCGCCAUCUUCAUCUCCAGUCAUGCAGGAGUUUUUCCCAUUGCAGACAUCCCCUGAAACCAUGAGGUCUAAGAAUCACCAAAACACAAGCUCUGCGAGGACUGGGAGUUGCUUGCCUCUUGAUCUCUUUGGUGCAUCAAAUAGAGGAGCUGCAAAUACUAAUUUUAAAGGAUUCGGGCAGCAGUCUGGUUAUGCUUCUUCUGGUUCUGACUACUCUCCUCCUAGCCUAAAAUCUGAUGCUCAGGACCGCACUGGAAAGAUAGUCUUCAAACUACUUGAUAAAGAUCCGAGUCACCUUCCUGGAACAUUACGAACUGAGAUCUAUAACUGGCUUUCGAGUAUUCCAUCAGAAAUGGAGAGUUACAUCAGGCCUGGCUGUGUUGUUCUCUCCGUCUAUCUGGCGAUGUCACCUGCAGCCUGGGAACAACUCGAGCAAAACUUGAUGCAACGGGUUGGGGCUAUGUUACAAGAUUCUCAUUCAAGUUUUUGGAGAAACACGAGGUUUAUACUUAACACUGGUAGACAACUCGCAUCACACAAAAACGGUAAAAUUCGUUGUAGCAAAUCUUGGAGAACUUGGAAUUCACCAGAGCUCAUCUCAGUGUCACCUGUAGCUGUGGUAGCUGGUGAAGAAACAAGUUUGGUAGUAAGAGGUAGAAGCUUAACUAAUGAUGGGAUCAGUAUACGUUGCACACAGGCGGGUAGCUACGUGGAGAUAACCGGGGCAGCCUGUAGACGAGCCAUGUUUGAAGAGUUGAGUGUAAAUAGUUUCAAAGUUAAAAAUGCACAACCUGGUUUUCUUGGACGGUGUUUCAUUGAGGUGGAGAAUGGUUUUAGAGGAGACAGUUUCCCCUUGAUAAUUGCCAAUGCAUCCAUUUGCAAAGAGUUAAAUCGCUUGGAAGAAGAGUUUCACCCCAAAACUCAAGAUAUGUCAGAAGAACAAGCUCAGACCUCAGAUCAUUGUCCCACACCAAGAGAAGAGAUUUUGUGCUUCUUGAACGAGCUUGGUUGGCUCUUCCAGAAGAACCAGAUCUCUGAGCCUAGAGAACAAUCUGACUUCUCCCUGUCCCGCUUCAAGUUCUUGCUCGUCUGUUCAGUUGAAAGAGACUACUGUACUCUCAUCAGAACACUCCUUGACAUGUUGGUAAAGAGAAACUUAGUGAAUGAUGAGCUGAACAGAGAAGCAUUAGAUAUGCUGGCAGAGAUCCAGUUGUUGAACCGUGCGGUUAAGAGGAAAAGCACAAACAUGGUUGAACUACUCAUUCAUUACUCUGUUAACCCCAUGCCGCUUGGUUCCUCUAAAAAGUUCGUUUUCUUACCCAAUAUAACCGGACCUGGAGGUAUCACACCUCUACAUUUAGCUGCAUGUACAUCUGGUUCUGAUGAAAUAGUUGAUCUUCUCACCAAUGAUCCACAAGAGAUGGGUCUUUCGAGCUGGAACUCUCUCUGUGACGCAACAGGGCAAACUCCAUAUAGCUACGCUGCAAUGAGGAACAACCAUACAUAUAACUCCUUGGUGGCUCGUAAACUUGCAGACAAGAGAAACAAGCAAGUCUCACUAAACAUCGAGAUUGUUGAUCAGUUGGGUCAAAGCGGGAGAUUAAGUUCAGAGAAGAACAAGUUAUCAUCAUCAUGUGGUACGUGUGCAACGGUGGCUUUGAAGUAUAGGAGGAAAGCCUCAGGCUCGCAUCGUUUCUUCCCAACUCCUAUCAUUCACUCAAUGCUUGCUGUUGCGACUGUGUGCGUUUGCGUCUGCGUUUUCAUGCAUGCUUUCCCAAUGGUCAGACUAGGGUCUCACUUCAGUUGGGGUGGUUUGGAUUUUGGUUCCAUCUAG